CUCUCUAUAUUGUUGCAACGCUGUCCAUCUUCACCAUAUUUUAUAGAAACUUAUAUUGUUAUUUCUAAUCAUUAAAUCUUUGCCCUUGUAUUUAUUAUAUAUAUAGUCUCGGUCGUUCCGUUUGUCUCUUCUUCGAUCUUCUCAAAAUCAGUUUCAUCUCAUCUAUCGAUCACUCCAUAGUGAUUAACAGUUUAACACUCAACAAUAUGGGGAACUACGCUUCAUGCGGUCUAUACAAAACGACACCAUCGUCUCAGUCGUCAACUUCAUUAUCACCGUCGUCGGCUAAAGUGAUUCUCCCGGACGGUGGAGUGCGUGAUAUCCACGCGCCGACGAAAGUGGCGGAGAUCAUGAUGGAGAUGCCAAGCUAUUUCCUCGUCGACGCCAAAUCCUUGAGAAUCGGCCGGAAAUUCAUACCACUCGGCGCCGACGAUGACCUUGACCUAGGUGGCUGCCAUGUGUACGUUGCGUUCCCGAUGACGCGUGUCAUUUCCGCAGCCAACGCAUCCGACAUGACUCGGCUCUACCUCGCCGGCAAGAAACGCGCCAAAAGCGUUGACAAUAGGAGAGUGUCUCCGGAAGAGGAAGGUGUUCAUCAUCAUGACGUAAGGCUGAUCGGACGACCGAAGCUGAAUCUUGAAGACAUAGAAGAGUUCUCGGCGGCGGAGUUUAUUCAUCGGAUCUCUGUUUCCAAAUCUAAGAAACCACAGCUAGAGACAAUAAUAGAAGAUCAUGUGUCCUAAUAUAACCAAUUUUUAAUACUAUAUAUGUUUUUUUUUUUUCUCAUUUUCUCUUCACCAACCAAGGUGCCUCAUUAGUCAUUAGUAGUAACUUAACGUGUGUUUUUCAUUUGUGAUAACUUUUUUUUUUCCGUUUACGCAAAUGUGAAUAUGUUUUGUGUUAACCUGCAGAUUAAUGUGUGUUAAUAUAAACUUCUUUUUCA